AUGGAGCGCGACCGCGUCGAGCUGCCGCUGCUGGAGCCUGGCUCCUCGGGGCUGACAGCUGACGACAGGCCUUCGGGGCCGGAGCCGGAGCCGGUGCCGGGGCCCGAGGAAAGGAAGUCGAAGCGGCCCGUCGCGAGACCAUGCGAGGCGAGGGGGCCCCUCAAAUCGGGUUUCUGGCCAGUCGGCGAGGCCGCUUGGGCGCUCGUCUGGACUGACUUCGCACUGGCAGCUGAAUUGACAGGAUGGCGAGUUUAG